AUGACAGUGGACCAUGAAAUGUAUUUUGUAGAAUGUGUUGACUUUGCCAAAUCCUUCAUCCAACUGUAUCUCAAAGAGGAUGAUGUAUUAUUCAAAGUGCUCUUGCAUUUGCUUCGUGUACCUUGCUGUGCAGAACAGGAUGAAAGGGAAAAGGUUGCAUUGGAGGAUUCGAAUGGCAGUUUACUUUUCCGUGUCUCAGAUCUUUUCAGUUGUUGA